UCUAUCGGCCGAGGGAGUAAUGAUGUCAAGGUGAGGAGCUAAUAGUUACACAACAUCACCAUUCCGACUACUCGUAGGUACGAAAGGGUUUCGUUCCUUGUCAAGACCCCUCAAGAUAACUGAAACGGUUUACAUGCUAGUAAUAAUUCAUACCAUUUAACAACUCGAUCGGUCUAUGCCUCGGGAUUCGGCCCUCAAAAACAACUCGUAUUCUCUAUCAUAAUACAGUUCAUCAAGCAUGUCUGGGCAGAUCCACCCGGGCGUGGCAGCUCGGCGCGUAGCAAUAAUCGGAGCUGGCCCGGGCGGAUUGGUAACACUGAAAACGCUCCUUGAAGCAUCCACUCCGGAUUCGCCUAUCGAAGUUCAACUCUUCGAAGCAGAACAUGACAUUGGGGGUACAUUCCAGUUUCGUUCUUACGAAAAUGCAGAAUUGGUGUCCUCUAAGCAAUUGACCACCUUUUCUGAUCAUCGUUUCCCACUUUCAACACCUGAUCACAUAUCGCUUCCACAAUACGUCGAUUAUCUAAAGACUUAUAUAGACCGCUUCGCUCUUAGUCCAUUUAUUAAUCUGGGAUGCCGAGUAACCAAUAUCUCCCCAUUAGCCACAACAUCAGAGCAGCAAUGGAAGCACCGUGUUACCUACAUAGAUGGCAAACAUGAUGGCAAAGAACGGACAUACGACUGCUCGCAUAUCGCGAUAUGCACCGGGCUACAUGUACAACCCAACAUUCCCAAUAUUCCGGGUGUAGAGAACGUAAAGGGGGAUGUCUUCCAUUCCUCACAAUACAAGCUUCGAUCACAGCUUACAGGUCGAAACGUCUUGAUACUCGGAUGCGGAGAGACAGCCAUGGAUCUAGCCUAUGAGUCGAUGAAAGCCGAUGCUUUGCAGGUCACCAUGUGCUUCCGAACGGGAUUUCUCUCGUUCCCAAAAGCCUUGAGCCGAUUCAAGGUUUUCUCGAAGCAAUUCAAGGGUGGUCUCCCAAUCGAUGGCCUGAUCACGAAUCUAUUCGAAACCGCAUAUGUCCACCGCGCAAUUGCACAGUCUAGACUUCGUUGGUUCGUCUCCGACUUCGUCAUCAAGCGGGUGCUGUGGUUUUUGACUGGUACCCAAGCUGGGAUGAAUCAACAUGUAGGAGCUCUGCCUCACGACCGACUUGGGCGUGCCUACGUGUUCUUGAAUAAAAGUAGCAAAGCAAUGCCGUAUCUGAAUAGACCGUAUCAGGAGAAGCACCCUUUGGCUUUCCUAGGCAACGGCUAUGUGGAUCCACCGGAAGAUGCCAAUUCCAAGAGAUGGGUUGACACCUGCAGUUUUCCCGAACGUAUCGAUUCGUCUGGACGGGUUAUCUUUGAGAGCAGACCUGAUAGGAAAGAUUGGAGGCGCAUGAAGAACGUUGAGGUUAGACCUAACUGCGUCAUCUACUGUACCGGAUACAAGCAAGUGUUUUCCUGGCUCGAUGCCAGCUACCCUACCGCAUCCGACGCAGCGAUACGCAACAUCAUCGCCCCAUCGCAUCCAGACAUUGCAUUCAUAGGCUUCGUUCGCCCCGGAGUAGGAGCCAUCCCCCCGAUCGCCGAACAGCAAGCCAUGUGGUGGAUAGCCUUGAUCACCGGCCGCAUGCAGAUUCCCACCGACCCACCGCACUACCAUCUCCUCGCUCGAAAGACGUCUCGCAUACAGUAUGGCGUCGAUCACAGCGCAUACAUGAGCACACUUGCCAAAGACUUUGGCGGCGCGCCGGGCCUCCUCGAAUUGUAUAAAGCUCAUGGGCUCAAGGUCUUGCUGACGUACUGCUUCGGUGCAAGUUUCGUCACGUUCUAUCGACUGCUUGGGCCGUUCAAAUCGGAGCUGGCACCAGAAAUAUCGAGGACGGAAUUGGCAGAAACGAUUACUCGACGCGGUAUUCUGGGUAAUUUGUUCUUUGGUGUGAUACCAAUGCUGUUCUAUGGAAUGAUCAAUAGUGCGGCCUUCAUGCUAGAGAUGUUGGGUCUGAUACCAAAGGAGCAGACUGCUAUGUAGGUUUUAGGUGUGGUUUCUACAUUCAAGUUAGCGGAGAUACUUAUUUAAGCAUGUCCGCGACGGGUGAGCUUAUGGAGAAGUAGACAAAAGAUAUCUGCGUAGACAACUGCCUUGGGUAUGGGUACAAAUCUGGCACAAGCAUCACUAUUCGGUCUUUACUCACUGGCACGACUACUACACAUGGAUGGACUGCAAGCGUGGGAAACAUGCAUUACUCUAUUAACUUGUGCCCAUGUCAAGGGCAACAUUUAGAUUAAAGUAUACUAUCAAUAAAUUAU